AUGCAGAACAGACAGAACUCAGCCCGGGUGCUGACUUCCUGUGACUUCAACAAGAACAGCGCGCCGUUCUGCAACUUCACCCAGGGCACUUCAGACCACACCGAGUGGAUCAGGCACAGAGGGCCCAGUCCGACCCCUGGAACCGGCCCCCACGGAGACUACCCUCACGGCAUGGGUUACUACAUCUACCAUGAGUGUGACAACGUGGCGAACGGACAGCUAGCUCGGCUGCUGAGCCCGGACAUCGUGACCUCAGCCUCACAGAUCUGCGUCGAGUUCCGAUAUUUCAUGUAUGGCGUGGACACUCGGAAUGUUCUCAGAGUGCUGUCAAAAACAGGAUCCAAUGAGACCGAGGUCUGGAAGGAGACCGGGUUUCAGAGUCCGUUCUGGCUCAAGGGCACCGUCACUGUGGACAAACCCAGCGGUCAGAACACACGGAUCGUAUUCGAGGCUCAGAGAGGCAUCUCUUCUUCCUGUGACUCGGCUCUGGACAACAUCAUCAUCAGCGAAGGAGAAUCACCGUCUCCACCACCUGGGACAACUUCUGAACCAACAACUCCUGAACCAUGUCCUCCUGAUUCAGAGUACAUAGAGUGUGGUCCAGCUUGUUUCCCUACAUGUCAGAAACCAUCUUCUGCCAGCUGUACUGGCCCUUGUAUCAGUGGCUGUUUCUGCAAACCAGGCUUUGUCUUCAAGGGUCGUCGCUGUGUGCCACUGGAGAAAUGUGGCUGUCUUGAUGAUGAGAACAACUAUUAUGAGCCUGGUGAGGUUGUGUUUGGAGAUGGGUGCACCAAGCUGUGUCGCUGUGCUGGAAACUACACCCUGGAAUGUGUUGAUAACUCCUGUGACCCCACAGAAGAAUGCAGAGAUGUAAAUGGAGUUCCGGGAUGCUAUCCAAAGGGUACAUCAACAUGCAUAGCAUCUGGUGACCCUCACUACACCACCUUUGAUAAACGCAAGUACAACUUCAUGGGCAACUGCAGUUAUCUGAUGUCUGGACCCUGCAAUCAAACAGCUGUACCAUAUUUUGAAGUCCACACAGACAACGAGAAUCGCUUUAAUAAACCCAGCAUUUCCUAUGUGAAGGCUGUACAUGUGUACGUGCACGCAGUAAAGAUCUCCAUUCUCAAAGGAGGCACUGUGCAGGUGAAUGGAACCAAAGUCAACCUACCUGUGAGUCCAGCUGCUGGUGUGUCUGUACUGAAGUCAGGAAAGCACUACACUGUGACCCUGGACUUCGGUGUGACUGUCCGCUAUGAUGGCAAUCACUAUAUGGACAUCAAAGUGAUUAAAGACUUUCAGAACCAGCUUUGUGGGCUGUGUGGCGAUUAUGAUUUAAAGGCUGAAAAUGACUUCCGUAAACCCGAUGGAAACUUGACGACCAAUCCCAAUGAAUUUGGACACAGCUGGAACACUGACCCAGAGUGUAAUAAGAAACCCAACACGACCGUCCCAGAGUGCACUGAAGACGAGGAGGAACAGUACGAGAGCUCAGGAUACUGCGGCAUCCUGCUGGACAAGAAGGGACCGUUCGCUAAGUGCCACCGCAAAGUCAAACCCAAUAGCUACUUCAAGGACUGUGUCUUUGACCUCUGUGAGCUGGAUGGAGCCAGGCCCAUUCUGUGUGAAGCCAUCGAAGCCUAUGUCAAUGAUUGUCAGGACCGAGGGGUCGACAUCGGACCCUGGAGGAAUGAGACCUUCUGCCCACUCGACUGCCCUGCUAACAGCCACUAUGAGCCCUGUGCAGACCCGUGUCAGGAGACCUGCUCUGGGAAACCUCCCUCCUGCAGCGGGCUGCAGUGCUCUGAGGCCUGUGUGUGUGAUCCUGGUUACGUCCUGAGUGCCGGCAAGUGUGUGAAGGAGAGUUCAUGUGGCUGCAAACAUAGCAACGGACAAUACUACCAGCCUGGAGAAGAGUUUUAUCUGGGGGAUUGUACACAAAAGUGCAGAUGUGAUGCUCCCUCUGUGACCUGCACAGACUUUGAAUGCCCCGCAAUGCAUGAGUGUAAAGUACAGAAUGGGCAACUGGGCUGCUAUCACCCAGGACCUUCUCAGGACUGUGUGGUUUCUGGAGAUCCUCACUACAACACCUUUGAUAAGAACUACUACACCUUCAUGGGAACCUGCACAUACACACUGGCCAGAAGCUGCAAAAAUACCACAGGUCCGUGGUUCUCUGUGGAGGGGAAGAACGAGGAGAGGGGAGUAGCAGGUGUGUCCUACCUGAGGAAGCUCUAUGUCACCGUGGAUGGAGUCACAGUGACUCUGAUGAAGGCCCGAAGAACUCUGGUAAACGGGGUCCGGGUGGCCCUCCCUCACUCCCCGACCCCCCUGGUGUCUCUGAGCAUCGCCGGUCAGUUUGUCACCCUGCAGACCACCUUCGGUCUGAGGGUCCGCUGGGAUGGAAACCAUUACGCCCAGAUCUCAGUGCCCAGCUCCUACUUCGACCAGAUGUGUGGCCUGUGUGGCGACUACGAUGGGAAUCCUGGCAACGACUUCUCCAGACCAGAUGGUUCUGUGGUGGGGAACAUCAACGACUUUGGGAACAGCUGGCAGACUGAGGAGGACGAAGAUGACUCGUGUGAGGAAGGCUCUGGGGUUGGCCCCGUCUGUGACCCCAAGCUGGAGGCUGAGGUGGUGAAACCAGACAAAUGCGGCAAAAUAAACAACGAUAAAGGACCCUUCAGGGAGUGUCACGAAGUGGUGGAUCCCACUCCGUUCUUCCAGAGCUGUGUGUUUGACAUGUGUCGGUUCUUCGGCCAGCAGCACAUUCUGUGCGACCAGCUUCAGGCCUACACGGACGCCUGCCUGAGCGCUGGAGCCAAAGUCCACCCGUGGAGGACUGAGGACUUCUGCUCCCCGACCUGCCCUCCAAACAGUUCCUACUCCUUGUGUGUGAGCUCCUGUCCAGAGACGUGUCUGGGCACGGGGGGACCACCAGGAUGUGAGGACGUGUGUGUGGAGGGGUGUGAGUGUAACCCGGGCUUCAUCCUCAGUGAUGACAAAUGUGUGGCGCUGAAGGACUGCGGCUGUGUGGACUCCAGUGGAACUUAUCACCCUGCGGGUGAUGACUGGUACCUGGAGGGUUGUGAGCAGAAGUGUGAGUGUGUCAGUGGAGGAGUGAUCCAGUGCCAGAACACCACCUGCAAACCAACGACUGAGAGCUGCCAGCUGCAUGAUGGAGAAUAUGGCUGUCGACCUGUGGGGAGUGGAAUAUGCUCAGCAAGUGGUGAUCCUCACUACAACACCUUUGACAAACACACCCACCACUACAUGGGUGCCUGCUCCUACACACUCACCAAACCCUGCAACGCCUCCUCGGACAUGCCCUACUUCACCGUGGUCACUCAGAACGAGCACCGACGAGGCAAUAAGAAGGUUUCCUUCGUCCGAGCUGUGGUGGUCACCGUGGACGGAGUCACCUUCACUCUGGGUCAAGGUCGCAAAGUUCAGGUCAAUGGUACAGUGGUUGUUCCACCCGUCACCUUCACCAGUGGGGUUCAGAUCUACCUCAGUGGAAAGUUUGUUGUCCUGGAGACAAGCUUCGGCCUGAGGGUGAGAUUUGAUGGGGACCACCACGCUGACGUCUCUGUACCAUCUUCCUACAGUGGCCUUCUCUGUGGCCUGUGUGGAAACUUUAACGGAGACUCCAAAGACGACAACCUGAAACCGGACAAUACACCAGCUGCUAACACCAACGAGCUGGGAGAGAGCUGGCAGGUUCCUGACCCCCGACCGGACUGUACUCAUGGAGGAGAGGAGGAAGACUGUGAUGACAAAGUGGAGGAAGAGGCCCAGAAACCCACCAGCUGUGGCAUGAUCACUGAUCCCAGUGGCGUCUUUCAGCCCUGCCAUGCCGUGGUGCCUCCGGAGCCUUACUUUGGAAACUGUGUGUACGACAUGUGUGCCACUGGAGGAGAGACGGUGGCUCUGUGCCAGGCCAUCCAGAGCUACGCUGACUUGUGCGCCGCUGCAGGAGUCCACAUCGCCUGGAGAAACACCACCUUCUGUCCUCUGAACUGCCCCUCAGGCAGUCAUUACAGCCCGUGUGGCCCGGCCUGCUCCCAGCCCAGCUGUCAGAACCCUGCAGGACCCGGCGGUCCCUGUAACCAGCCCUGUGUGGAGGGCUGCUUCUGCAACCCGGGCUUCGUCCAGAGCGGAGACAAAUGUGUCCCUCUGGAUCAGUGUGGAUGUACUGAUGAAGACGGGAACUACCGGCCGGUUGGAGACUCCUGGUUCACAGAGUCGGACUGCUCUGAACGCUGUAAAUGUGGCGGCAAUAACAACAUCAGCUGCGAGCCGUGGCAGUGCAGCCCUGCUCAGGAGUGCAAAGUGGUGGAAGGAGUGCUGGGCUGUCACACCACAGGGAGUGGAAUAUGCUCAGCAAGUGGUGAUCCUCACUACAACACCUUUGACAAACACACCCACCACUACAUGGGUGCCUGCUCCUACACACUCACCAAACCCUGCAACGCCUCCUCGGACAUGCCCUACUUCACCGUGGUCACUCAGAACGAGCAUCGAGGAAGCAACAGGAAGGUUACCUACGUCCGAGCUGUGGUGGUCACCGUGGACGGAGUCACCUUCACUCUGGGUCAAGGUCGCAAAGUUCAGGUCAAUGGUACAGUGGUUGUUCCACCCGUCACCUUCACCAGUGGGGUUCAGAUCUACCUCAGUGGAAAGUUUGUUGUCCUGGAGACAAGCUUCGGCCUGAGGGUGAGAUUUGAUGGGAACCACCACGCUGACGUCUCUGUACCAACUUCCUACAGUGGCCUUCUCUGUGGCCUGUGUGGAAACUUUAACGGAGACUCCAAAGACGACAACCUGAAACCGGACAAUACACCAGCUGCUAACACCAACGAGCUGGGAGAGAGCUGGCAGGUUCCUGACCCCCGACCGGACUGUACUCAUGGAGGAGAGGAGGAAGACUGUGAUGACAAAGUGGAGGAAGAGGCCCAGAAACCCACCAGCUGUGGCAUGAUCACUGAUCCCAGUGGCGUCUUUCAGCCCUGCCAUGCCGUGGUGCCUCCGGAGCCUUACUUUGGAAACUGUGUGUACGACAUGUGUGCCACUGGAGGAGAGACGGUGGCUCUGUGCCAGGCCAUCCAGAGCUACGCUGACUUGUGCGCCGCUGCAGGAGUCCACAUCGCCUGGAGAAACACCACCUUCUGUCCUCUGAACUGCCCCUCAGGCAGUCAUUACAGCCCGUGUGGCCCGGCCUGCUCCCAGCCCAGCUGUCAGAACCCUGCAGGACCCGGCGGUCCCUGUAACCAGCCCUGUGUGGAGGGCUGCUUCUGCAACCCGGGCUUCGUCCAGAGCGGAGACAAAUGUGUCCCUCUGGAUCAGUGUGGAUGUACUGAUGAAGACGGGAAGUACCGGCCGGUUGGAGACUCCUGGUUCACAGAGUCGGACUGCUCUGAACGCUGUAAAUGUGGCGGCAAUAACAACAUCAGCUGCGAGCCGUGGCAGUGCAGCCCUGCUCAGGAGUGCAAAGUGGUGGAAGGAGUGCUGGGCUGUCACACCACAGGUAAAGGAGUGUGCCAUGUCGCCGGAGACCCUCACUACUACACGUUCGACGGUGUGAUGCACACCUUCAUGGGUACCUGCACAUACACUCUGGUGGAGAUCUGCAACACCACCAAUGUAACUCCCUUCAGAAUCGUAGCCAAGAACGAGGAGCGUGGUCAACCGGACGGAUCCUACGUCCGCUCAGUCACCGUCUACCUGCCUCAUGACACUGUGGUGGAGCUGCAGAAGGCCCGCAGAGUUCUGCUGAAUGGACGACGAGUGCGAACUCCUGUCACCAUCGCAUCGGUCGGAGCCAAAGUCAUAACCAGCGGAGCGUACAACCUGCUGGACACUGACUUUGGUCUGCAGGUGAAGUUUGAUGGUGUCCAUCACCUGGAGAUUACUAUUCCUGGAGAGUACUUCAACAAGGUGUGUGGCAUGUGUGGAAACUACAACCAUGACUCUUCUGAUGACAACCUGAUGCCUGACAACAAGCCUGCCAAGGACGCCAUUGAACUGGGAAACAGCUGGAAGUCUGAAGGAGACAGUGAUCCCGGCUGUCAGCCUGACACUCGUCCAGACAUCCACCCGAACUGCACCGCCGAAGAGGAGACGCUGUUGGAGGCUCAGUGUGCUGCGGUGAUCCUCUCCGACCGCUUCAAGCCCUGCCACGCCGUGGUGCACGCCGAGGCUUUCCUGGGUAACUGCAUCUAUGACAUGUGCCAGUACGACGGCAUGCAGGCGACCCUGUGUGACAACGUGGAGGCGUACGCUCAGGCCUGCCACAGCGCCGGGGUCACCGUCAGCUGGAGGAACAGCACCUUCUGCCCCCUACCGUGCCCUGAAAACAGCCACUACUCAGACUGCACUGCCCCCUGCCCCCCCACCUGCUCCGACCUCUUCCCCCUCUCCUGCCACCUUCCUUCCACCACCUGUGUGGAGGGCUGCCAGUGUGACGCCGGCUUCGUCCUCAGUGACAAGACGUGUGUUCGUCUGGAGCAGUGUGGCUGUCUGAGCCCAGAUGGAGAGUACUAUGAUGUUGGGGACUCCUGGCUGACAGAUGAAUGUACUGAGCUCUGUGAGUGUAACGCCGGUGGCACCAUCACAUGUGAGGAUCACCGCUGUCAGUCGAACGCCGUUUGUGAGCUGGACAAGUCUGGAGAGCUUUACUGCAAACCCACUGGGUUCGAUAAGUGCACCAUCUCCGGGGAUCCUCACUACCGAACCUUCGACCGCUUCAAGCACCACUUCCAGGGUGCCUACACCUACGUCCUGACUCAGGGCCACAGCCUGCAGAGCUCCCAGCAGCAGCUGAUGGUGAGAGGAAAGAACACCCACCGUGGAGCAAAGAAGAAGGUGUCCUUCCUGGAUGAGAUGCUCAUCGAUGUUUAUGGAGUCAACGUUCGCUUCCAGCAGAAGAACAAAGUCCUGGUGAACGGGGAGCGUGUGAGUCCUCCUCUUAGUCCGGUUGAUGGUUUGACCAUCACCAUGAACUCCAAGCAGGUCCAGCUCACCACUGCGUUUGGACUCACUGUUCGCUUCGACGGGAAAAAACCGCGGAGUAACGGUUUUCCCUCCUCAUCAGAAAUCGAGCUGCCAACAACCUACAGAGGCUCUGUCAGGGGGCUGUGUGGCAACAACGACGGCAUCACCAGUAAUGAGUACAUGAAGCCCGACGGGACGGUGGUCGAAGAUCUGGACUCAUUCGGCAACAGCUGGAGGGUCUCAGACGGGGACGUCAGUCUCCUGAAGACCUCUGAGCUUCCCAUCACAGUCCACGUUCACAGGCGAGAUGUGGAGACGGAUCCAGAUUCAGGAUUUGUGACUGAAGAAUGUUCUCCGACCCAACUGGAGAACUACAACAGUUCGAGUAUAUGUGGAGCCAUGUCCGACCCUGCUGGACCGUUCAGCGCCUGCCACCAACUCCUGUCUCCAGAGGCCUUCCAAGAAGACUGUGUGUAUGACCUGUGUGCGGAGAGCGGCAGUGAGGAGCUGCGCUGUGCCAGCCUGGAAGCGUACGCUGCAGCCUGCCAGCUGGCCGGAGUUUCAGUGAACACCUGGAGGACGCGGCUCGGCUGUGGUAAGAACUGUGAUGCCAACAGCGUCUAUUCGCCCUGCAUGACGUCUUGCCCCGCCUCCUGUGCCGACCUGGCGGCCCCCUCGGAGUGCGACGCCCCCUGCAGCGAGGGCUGCCAGUGCGCCGCCGGCUUCGUGAUGAGCGAGGGCGCCUGCGUGCCGUACGCCCAGUGCGGCUGCACCUUCCUGGACAGAUACUACCCCCUGGAGGCCACGUUCGUGACGGCGGACUGCUCCCAAUCCUGCGAAUGCACCGCCACCGGAGUGGUGUGCACACCCAAGGCCUGCAGGGACGGCGAAGUGUGCACCGUGUUCGAGACCAGACGGGACUGCUACCGAGAGAGCCUCUGCCUGAGUGAGCCCUGUGAGAACGGAGGAGUGUGUGUGGAGAGCGGCAGCAACUACACCUGCACCUGCCCCGACGGCUUCCAGGGAAACAACUGUGAGGUGAUAAUAGACACCCCCUGCCUGAGUGACCCCUGUCUGAACGGAGGAGUGUGUGUGGAGAACAGCAGCAGCUACACCUGCACCUGCCCCGACGGCUUCCAGGGCAACAACUGUGAGGUGGAGAUAACAGGCGGAGGAGGCGGAGGACUGGAAACCAAGUGGAUCAUCCUGAUCGCCGUGCUCGUCCCAAUAGUUGUCAUCCUCACCAUCACCAUCAUCGUCGUGUGUGUUUGCAGAUGCAAAUCCAAGAAACGGAAGCAGGAGCAGAAGGAGAAAGACAAACCGUUCAGAAUGACGCCUACAAGCGCUCCGUCCUCCAACCCGUAUCAAUGGACGAGACAAAGAACCACACACAUGUGA